AUUAGAAAGCCAUACUAACUACUACAACAUCAAUCUACUUUUUACAAUCAAUAAUUUCAAUCCGAUAGUGCUUUCUCGUAAUUUAGUACUUCUUGAAAUGAUCAAUAGAUUACCAGACCCAAAGCCACCAUCCUCAUUAAACGAAAAGGGUAUAUAUGGUCAAUGGAAUAAAAAUUUUGUUAUCGGUGUAAUGGAAAUAUUGUCAGUAUGGGCUGAAAAAGUUAUUAGCGAUGAUACCUAUAAUAAUUUGAAUAGUUGUAUACAUAGUCUAAUUGAAUCUCUUGAAAAUAAAAUAAAUAUAAAAACUAAUAAAUGCAAUAACGAUAGUUCCAAUAAGAAACUUCCCUCUUGGAUUUCAUUUAAACAUUCAUCAAAUACAGAAUUUUUUAUAUUACAAACGUUACAAUAUUGGAAAAAUAAUUCACUCUCAGCUUUUGCUCUGAAUUGGGACGCCAAUCAUUUAUUCAGUUAUACAAUGGAUAGAAAAUUUUCACCAGAAAUUGAAAUAUUAAGAAACCUUAAAGAACGCUAUUACGUGGAUGAAGAUAUUAAAGAAUAUGCUUGUUGUCAGCUACCAAUUAGUAAUCAAGCUCGAUCUUACAUUAAUGUAUAUUCUAAUACACUUGAUAAGCCUAAUGUCACAAUGUUAACCGUUCCAGCAAUGGAAUAUAAUGUCUCCCCAACUUCUUGUAUAUUUCGUACAUUUCAAGUCAAUACUGAAAAUAGUGAGGAUUCAGAUGAUGAUGAUGAUGACCAACCGUUAACACUUUACGAUUAUUUAUUAUUGACUUUACUACCAAAGCUUGCAUCCUUACGUGCAUCAUUACAUAAAACUUCUUCAGUUCAGAUUCAAGUAAAGCCAGUUUUGGGAGAUAUCAUCGACACACUACUCUGUCGAUUACCUCCAUCUGUGAGAUUCAACGCUAUUGACUGCUCAAAUUUAGCUGAUCAUGUAUCACUCCUGAAUAUAAUCUUUGCAGCUGCACCUAAAUUAAAGGAUAAUUCUCAAUUGACUCUGCAACUAAUAAAGGUGCAUAAUCCGUCUGAUAAUUCUAUGAAAAAAUUUGUUGAACAACAACUUGGUUUAAGUCUAAAUAUUCUUUCAAAAUUAACAGGCAUUACGUUUGUAAAUGCUUACUCUAAAGAUUAUGCUGUAUAUGUUACAUGGAAAUUUGAUAUAGCCAAAGAUAAAGAAGAAAAGCUUGAUACAUUAAUUAAUGGUGUGAUAUCAGUUGCAAGUGCUUGUUGUACUGCUCAUAACAAACGUAUUUAUGGACUCAGUAUUAAUAUAAUUGUACGUUUGUUUCAAAUAAUGAAUAUUCGAUUUUCUGAAGAAAUAAUGGCACAAUUAUUACAAUCCCUUUUUACAUCUAAGGGAUUUAAUAAGUAUAUUCCAAAUUUUGCAAUGCACCUUGUUGAGUUGAAGACUUUUAUGACAUUGCAUUUUUGUUUGCCCUUUGUUUCGAAACUUAAGGAACUUAAUGAUUUAAAAGUACCUAUUGCGAGAUACUCUUUGAAAUGGGAAACUAAUAAGAUAGUUAAGGAAAAAAUGCACACUCUUGGUUGGUAUUUCGGUAAACAUAGGAAAACAGUAUGUCCAAAAACAGAGAUGAUAUGGCUACGAUUAAUUAAACCUAUCAAACCUAUCACUCAUACCAGCAAUUUCACAACAAAAAAAAAUAAACGCAACAAUUAUACUUCAAAAAAUCGAGAGCCAAAUUAUUAUUACUUCGAUAGUGUUUCCAUAAGUUCUAUAAAGGCACCUACAAUAAUGAUAUCGUUUCAUCUUCCAAUUCCAUUCUAUGAUAAUCAUAAAGACUGGAUUUUAGAAUUUAAUAUAGGUUCAAGAGUAAUUCUUUCAUCCGCAGAGAUGAUAACCUUAUCCAAGGUGACGCAGAAAAAUGUAUGUCAUAAUAUGUGGGAUAGUGAAACCGAAUAUAAAGAAUAUGAUGAAGUAAAUGUAUGCAAGCGAUGUAGAAAGUAUACUACAAAAAUAUGUUCAAAGUGUAAAUCAGUGUAUUAUUGUAGUAAAAAUUGUCAAGAAGAUGAUCUGAAAAGACACAGUAAAGUAGACUGUAUUAAAGUCUCAAGCGGAAUGUAAAAUAUUGUUAAAAUAGGAACGUCAUGAUUGAAGUAAAUUGUUAGUUAAUUAUUAGUAUAUAUUUUUUUGCAAAGCGAUGCUUUAUGUUUCUCUUUUUUUUAACAUGAAAAUAAAAUAAAUUUUAUUGAUUUU